GCUGUCGUUCUGUUGAGCGAGAGACCAUGUCUGGCCGGGGCAAGGGCGGCAAAGGUCUCGGCAAGGGCGGUGCCAAGCGCCACCGCAAGGUGCUGCGCGACAACAUCCAGGGCAUCACCAAGCCGGCCAUCCGCCGCCUGGCUCGGCGCGGCGGCGUCAAGCGCAUCUCGGGGCUCAUCUACGAGGAGACGCGCGGCGUGCUCAAGGUCUUCCUGGAGAACGUCAUCCGCGACGCCGUCACCUACACGGAGCACGCCAAGAGAAAGACGGUCACGGCCAUGGACGUGGUCUACGCCCUCAAGCGCCAGGGUCGCACUCUCUACGGCUUCGGCGGCUAAACUCGUUUCCUGCAAUAGCUCGGCGUUUCUACAACACAAAGGCUCUUUUCAGAGCCACCCACAAAUCUCAAAAAAGAGCUUUAAAUCGCUUCUCUAGUAGUUACUGAAUUUUUGGGGUUUGGGGAAAAGGGACAGGAUUUUGUUCUUGGCUCCCCCAAAAGCCAACUGCUGCUUGGUCCACCUUUUCUGCCGUCUAGGGGGCAAAGUCUCGCAUUCAACGGAGCGACACUAUCCUUAUUUACUCGGGAAACGAAACGAGGGCAGCCGCUGUUGUACUUGACUAGGGCUCUCGCUGCUGUAGGAAAAUAAAUCGUCUGAAACCUGCAUCCUUUAUUUCCCCCCUUCCUCUUUCACACCGAGCACCACCCGCUAAACACACACCCUCUUUCCAAAGGACAAGGGAAGCGACACACAGCCGACAAAAAACAAAGCCGGGGGUGAGUCGGGGCCAGACGCUCUUCCCGUAGCCGCUGGCGCGGCACCGCUUUUACCGCCACAGCCUGCAAGGGCAAGGGAGGGAGCUCCUGAAAUGGCGGCGCUCUUCUCUCUGCCAUCCGGUGGGCGGGACGGAGCGGGAACAAGAAACAGCCACAAGCACCCCUUAGCGCCCUACGCAACAAAGACCGUGCUCUUAAAAAGGCCCCCUCGCCCGCCCCGCUCCUGAGGCUGCCCCUUCUCUGGGCACGGCUCUCGCCUGCACCAGCACAGCACGGCCCCUCACACCCUCUCAGCCCCGGCGCCUUUAGACAAUGGUGAACCUCACCCAAACACACGGGGCACAAGGGGAGGGCACGGCUGGACACUACGGAACGCUCCCACUCCCCCAUUUAUCCCUGAAUUCCCACUGCACCCUGA